UUAUUUAUUACUUGUUAUAUCGACAGUUUUUCCUCGUUUUGUGGUGGCAGGUUAUUGGGGAUCACUUUCAGGCAAUUUUUAAUUUUAAGGUUCUAAUCAAAAAAUUUAAUUUAAGCCGCUGAACAACGCUUUUCUGGCUGCUGUUUAAAAUCAGAGUUUGAUUGUGGAGAUGGUAAAUGUGUUCCUGUUUCACGUUUUCAUGAUGGUCGGUAUAAAUAAAAAUAAGAUUAAAAAUAAAUAUUGUUUUAAGGUCAGAAGGAUUGCAUGGAUGGAAGUGAUGAAUUUUGUCUUCCUGGUCAAAUUGAAUGUGGCAGUCAAUUCUGCGCAGAUCCCAUUCAUCUGGUUGAUUGUCUUCUUUUGAGUUCAAAUUCAAACUGUACUUCGAAAAAUAAAAUGGAAGGUAUUGGAUCUAUUCCUUCCUUUUGCGAAUUUUUAAAUGGUAAAAAACAACAUUUUCAAUUAAAAAUAAUUUUUAAAGCACCAACUCGCCGCCGUCUUUGUCAUUUACAUAACUCAAUUGCUUGCAGAGGGUAUGGUCAAUGUAUAUUAACGAGGUGGCUUAUGGAUGGGAAAAAAGACUGUUUGGAUGGUUCUGAUGAGGAUCCGGGUUAUGGUUUGUUCAAUACAAGCUUUGACCGUCCAUUUAUCUCAUUGCCAUCUACCUCUAAUAAUCCUGAUAGACUAACAACAACUCAAUCAACUAGUACAAAAACAAUUAGCAAUAGUUUUACAAAUGUUCAAAAACUUGUUUGGCCUCAACGUGGAAAGAUUUUAAAACCUAUAAAAAACAUUAAUAAUAAUAUUGAACCAGUACAACAACAAAAAUUUAGAGAAAAUAUUUUUGUGACAACUCCAACUUAUCCUUUUGAGAAAAUAUUUACUUCCUCUUCAAAAGCAACAGAAUUAAAUAUUGUGGAUAAUAGAAAAUUUGGCGAGAGUGAAGAAUCAAAAUUAGAAGCGACUGAAAAACAAACGACAUCAAUAGUGACUUCUACAGCAAUAACAAAAAUUUUUGAAGGAGAAACUACUGCAACAGUGCCUGCAAUAAAUAAUUUUAUUAGUAUAACGACAACAUUAUCAACUGAAUUUACUACACAAGAAAUGGCUAUUAAUGUUGAUACUACUUCAAAACCAGAAGAAUUAUUAACAACUAGAAAGUCUGACGAAGAAAAUGAAAAAGAGAAAAGGUUGAAUUUUUUUAUGAAUUUCGGGUACUUCCCCCAUUCUCCAUAUAAUCUCUCCAUUUAAUUAUUUCUGCCUUGUAAUGGUCAAAUUUUCUUUUUUCAUACAUAUUUCCUUUUUCCCUUGCCGCCUAUUAUUUUCUUCAUACUUUCUGU